AUGUCAUCUCCGGCGCGUUCAACGCGGUCGAGUCGCGCUUCGACACCAGCAGAUGAUAGCUCCUCGAUCGUGUCCAUGGCCCUCGAGUCGCCAGGAACUAGGAUGAGAAAGCUCAUGGCUGCUUUCGACGAAGAGUCUGACGACGACGCUGGCGUACCUGUCAGACCUACGACAGAAUCGACUUCCACAACACAAUCUGUAAACGCGACGCGUACCAUUGACGCGUCCAAAGAUGGGGAGCAGAACAGCGACGACGAGGAUGAGCCUGUGUUCAAACCAAGAGGAAGGCUGGCAGCUAGAAUGGGAGGUGCGGCUCCUCCUAUUCAGGAAGAGUCGUCGUCAGAAGAUGAAGACGUCUACCAAAAAAUCAGAAGAGACCUCAUGACUUCCAAGAAAGCUCCUUCGGCCGAUAAAUCUCCUGUCAAAGUCACACACCCGAUCGAGACAGCUCGAAUCCAAACACCACAACCCAGUCCUCCUCGCAAGAGACUCGUGCACCGGGCAUCAACUCCCGCAGCUUCUACCCGCUCAGAAAGCCCCGGCCUGUUCAUGUCACCAGCUCCAGAGCAGAGACGAUCCGCCGACGACAAGUCCGACCACUCAAGUGGCUCAGACUCGGACCUCCCUGCAGACCCAUCGGCGCCCUCCCGACUCCGCGAUCUCGUCAACCGUCGCCGUGCUGAAAGAUUGGCAAGAGAACAGGCCGAAAAGGAAGCAGAGGAAGAAAACGUCACCACUGGUCAAGCUCCUUUGUCAGACAUGUUCGACGAUGAGGAUACAAGAGAUGAGGUCACUGAGCGAAGACUGACCCAAUCUGCAAGGCCCACACGCAAAGCCAGUAAGAAGGCUUUGGAAGAGAUGAACAGAGAGACACAGCGGAUCAAGAGAAACAUGCAAUUGACACAUCAGGCAAAGGUCAAGAAGCGAUUCACUCCACAAGACUUCUUGUCCGCCUUCAAUCGCCCCAAGACUUCUUCUGGUCUUGCAAAUGUCACGAAUGCUGCCGACGUCACCUCUUCCUCUCCUCCGCCAGAGCCUUUCUCCGAGACUGGUGCAAACAAAGAACGCGAUACACCGCCAUCGAGUCCUCCCAGCAUCGACGACAAUCUUAAGACUAUUCUCGAGCAGCCUGUUGGCACAGGAGCCCUCGAAGAGUCUGACGAAGAAUUGCCAACCCUCCAAGAAGUUCUUACACAACCCAGGAAGACCGUUGACAAGGGCAAGGCGCCUGUUCGCCAGCUGCCCGCAGAGUCAAAGUCGAUACCAAUUCGUAAAGUCCGCGUCAAUAUCCCUUCACACAACAGAUUCAACAGAUUGAACAACGACGACGAUGAUGAUCUUCAAAUUAUCCACGAUCCUCUUGCUAUGUUCAACCAAAUCCCCAAGACACAGACUCCCGAAGGAAGAACCAUGCUCAUGCUCCGACACCUUGCCCAACUCACUGGUAACGGUGACAGAAUCCGUAGCAAGAAAGGACAAAAGCCAUCCAUCUCUCCUCAACAACUUGAUUUUCAACUCCGCCAACGGGCUCGCGAAAUCGCAAACCAAGAACGUGCUGCAAGACUCGCAGACUUGCGGGCCAAGGGCAUCGUCGUCUUGACUGAGGAAGAACGUGAAAGGGAGCAAAUGCAGAUUGAAGACAUGCUUGGCAAGGCAAGAGAAGAAGCUGAUAAGUUGCGCAAGCAAGAAAAGGCCACUGCCAAAGCUAAUGGUGAGGAUGUCGGUAUCAGUUCUGAUGAGAGUGAGGAUGAGGAUUAUGUUGGUAGUGACGAAGAAGUCAAGACUACUGCCGAAGAGGAGGAUGCGGAAGACGAGGAAGAUAUCGAGCUCUCUGGUUCUGAAGAAGAAGACACCGUCGAUCACGACAUGGUCGACGCUGAAGCUGGCGAAGCAGAUCAAGACGAGCCGGUGGAGGCCGAAGAACUGGUCGACGACGACAUGCUCCAAGACGAUGAACCUCGAUUGCCCAAAUCAAGAAGGGCACGAAGGAAGCACAUCAUUGAUGACGACGAGGACGAGGACGAACCAACGACGCUGCAAACAUCAGGCAAUGGUAUCAACGAUGAGCUUGCUGCUGCAUUCGGCUUUGGGCGCGCACCUGCUGCACCAAUGGGCAUGUCACAGAUGUUCGCAGGAACUAUGGAUGACACUCAAGCUUCUGACAUGAUCUCCCAAGACCAGGAUUCUUUCGAGAUGCUUCGCCAACUCCCGCCUUCUGCUCCAAUGCCUUCAAUGCAAUUUCUUGACGAUUCUCAGGAUGCUGUGGCUGACAGCCAAAUUGAGACUACCCAAACUCAGGCACGUGAGCCCACUCAGCAAAUGGAUCUACAGUUCCCUCGACCUUCUGCAGAUUCGCCUGCAGUCAUGUCGCAGUUCUCACAAAUUCCGGACCCCUCUCAGGAUGUCGGCUUCGAUCCCAACCUUACUCCUCUUGCUGAUAGAAAUCGUGCUCCUUCGUCGACUGUCGACACUGUCUUGCUUGGUAUUCCGGAGUCUCCUGUCGUCCAACGCCGUGGUCGUUUGGUAAAGCGAUCGGAAGUUGCUCAGCAGGCGGAUGAGGAAGCCGUACCAUCUUCAGCGCCGGUCGCUGUCGAGAAGCCCUCAGAUGCAUUCAGCGUCAUGCGCCAAGCAGCGAAGAAACCUGCUCAGCCCGACUUUGACAGACAGAAAAGCAAUGCCAAGGGUAUGGUCGACGAACAAGCCGAAGAAUCAGAAGAUGAGUACCGCGGUCUUGGAGGUGCCAGUGACGACGAAGACGCCGGUUCUGGUGACGAAGACGACAAGCAAAUGAUUGAUGAGACCGACGUCAAAGUCAAUGAACGCGAGCUAGCUGCUCUCUACGCCGAAAAGUCACGCGAGGAAAACGAAGCCCAGACAAGCAAGCUGUACAAGGAUCUCAUGUCUGGAAACCUUCGGCGCAAACGUGGAAACAAUGCCUUUGAGCUCGACUCGGAUGAGGACGAUCAGGUAGUUGAAAGAAGACGCCGCAGACAACGUGAAGAAGCUCGCAAGCGCAAACUCUUGCUCCAAGACGAGACUCUGGGAAAACUUGGUAGCAACGACAAGAAAGAGGCCUUCCUCCGCGCCAUUGAAGACAGAGACGAGGCGGAUGAUGUCGAUUUCUUGGACGGACUCGAUGUAGACGAUGAUGCGGAAAUGGUCGCCUCGCAACAACAGCCCUCUGCCUCGCAACCCACUGCUUCCCAAACUGGCAAUGAAGAACAGCACAACAGCCUCAAACGAUCAGCCGACUCCCUCGACCUGAGCCAAUCGUCCCAAAACGCCCAACCACUUCAGAAGAAGAAGUCUGUGGCAGCAUCUUCACUUCGCCGCUCUGCCCUCAACGACACAUUCCGCAAACCCAAGUCGCUCGCUGAAGUCCGUGACUCGCUAUCGUUCCUCAUCGAUGACCCUUCCAAUGCAGAACUCGCUUCAGAGAUUUUGCUGUCUUCUGACGAGGAAAGAGAAGUUCGUGCUUUGUCGUCUGAACCCAGAGCCCCUGCCUCAGCACGCAGAGUCCCUGCCAAAGAAGCUGUCAUAGAUCGCCUGACGCUCAAAAAACAAGCCUCCUCUAUGGCCGAGACCGCAGACUCAAACCUCGCUUUUACGUCCUUGUCGCAACAAGCCAAGGGAUUCAAACCUGCUUCUCUACUUCGCAAAGCCACCACCAAUACCUCUUUCACCAAUGGCUCUUUCAGCGAGAACAGAGCCCCGAUUGCGCUCAACAGAGAGGGUAGUAGUGGCAUCAGAAAUGGAGGUAGUAAGAAGUCCAGUAUCAAUUACCAGGCUAGGGAGGCGGAGAGACAGGAGAUUGUACAGAAGGCGGCGAAGAGGAGGGAGGAGAAUGUCAGGAAGAUUGCUGGGUUGAGACGCAAGGCUGGAGGCGCACUCGGUGCGUUGGGAAGGGUGGGUGGUGGGUUCGAGUGA